AUGUCAUCUCUGAUUUAGUUCAGCAGCGUUGUUAGGCAGCAGGGUAACUGGAUUGUAGUGGGAGCGGAAUCUGAGUGGGCUGUUGCUGCUGGAAUCGAGGAUGGAGUUGGCGGUGGACGGGUAUCUGGCUGUUCCCUUACUCUUCACCCUGCUGGCUGUCUUGGCUGCCUCUUUGUAUCUGAAAUUCAGAGCUUCGGAUGAGACCGCCAAGAACGAGGCAGCGAGUUCCAAAGUUAACGAGAACAAUGCCGAAGAAAAGCCGAAAAGCGAGACGGAGGAUGAGAGAAAGCCCGAAGAUGUGAGCGAGGAGUUGGGGGCCGGGGAAUCGGAGCUAGCCAAAGCGAAGCUGACGGUGGAAGAGGUCGGGGCGGCAGAUGGGGAGCAGGAGCCUGCGCCUUCCCAGGAGAGGGAGAGCCAAGUAAAACAAGAGCCCACUCGCCCAGAGGAAAAACUUAAGGAAGAUGAAGGGAUUGAAAACAUUAAAAAAUCUUCUGAAGAUGGAGCAGAGACUGAAAGUACCAAAACAACUCUUCCUGAUGAUGUCACUGAUGACCUAGUUGAUGAGUAUCUUCCAGGCAAGAUUCAACAUAGCAGCUAUGAAAAAACAUUGACUAAAGACCAACUGGAGGAAGAGAAAAGGGUUGAGUUAACCCCUGACCUCACCUCCGUAUAGGUUCUAGGCCUGAUGACGCUUUGUGUAACCAUGUUUUGAGCAGAAGAAUAGAACCGAUUUGGGAGUCUUAAACGUGAAUUAUCUGAGUGGUUGGAGGCUUGAAUUUUACGAGACAUCAAGCCAAAAAAAAAAACCAUGAAGCUUAUCUUCAGUAGGGAGAUGCUGUUAAAGAUUCUGUAAUAGAUGUUGCAAUAGAAUCUAAUAUAAUAGAAAGCAUUUACAUUAUUGUCAUUUAUAAAUCACAGCUUUGUGUUAUAAACUAAUGCAGAUUAACAAACAAUGUUAAGUUUAUUCACAGUAAGCCUUGUAUCUUUGUAACUAAUGCAAGACACCCAUUUUAUUUUGCUCACCAAUGCAACAAUUUGGUUAAGCCUCUAAACGGAAAAUUUAUUACAGGGUUGAAGUACAUAACUAGUUUGAAUGUUCUAGUUCAGAGACUUGCAUUUGUAAUUCUGAAACAGCAAUGUUUGUUUAUUCUAUUACAUGUCGGUACUUCUGAUGUUUAAUAAAGUCUCCAAAGGUUA